AUGUGUCUGUUUACAUCAGGUCCAGCAAAACGGAUCUCUGAUAUGUUUGCUUUUCCUGGACCUGGCUGGUCUCAAAAAAACAAUGGCUCAGGCCUAAUAAAGCCGGCACUCAUAAGACUUUCAGAACACUUGAUGGAUGGAUACAAGAAAGGAAUAAGGCCAGUUUAUGACUGGAGACACACUACAGUAGUGAACAUUGAUUUGAUUGUUUUUGCCAUUUUGGGAAUAGAGGAAAAAAGCCAAGUGUUGAGAAGUUACCUCUGGCUUCUACAGUCCUGGGUUGAUGAAUUUCUCACCUGGGAUCCAACAAAAUUUGACAAAGUCACUCAAAUUUCCAUUCCUAGAGAACUCAUCUGGAUCCCAGAUAUAAUGAUCGUGGAGUUUGUGGACACAACAUUGUCUUUAGAUACUCCAUAUGUGUAUGUUGAUUACCAAGGAAGAAUAAAUAACAACAGACCCCUUGUUGUAGCAACUGCCUGCAGCCUCAAUACACACUAUUUCCCAUUCGAUAUACAACGGUGCUCCAUUUCCUUAACCAGCUGGCUUCACACAAAUAAAGAUGUAAAUGUGUCUUUUGUGGAAAAAAACCACAGGCUGAAUCAAUUCAAGAACAAUUACUUGAAUGACGGAGAAUGGGAUCUUAUCAAUGUUUUCUAUAAAUAUAGACUUCUCAAGGAUUAUGAAAAAAACAUUGGAGAGUAUACUCUAGUUAUCAGAAGAAGACCUCUCUUUUAUACCAUUAGUCUAAUUAUGCCCAGUAUAUUUCUCAUGGUGAUAAAUGUUGCUGGAUUCUACCUCCCACCAGAGAGUGGCGAAAGGAUAUCAUUUAAGAUCACACUUAUUCUUGGUUACUCUGUCUUUCUCAUCAUUGUUGCUGAUACAUUACCUGCAACUGGAACUCCGUUAAUAGGUAUCUACUACUUAAUGUGCAUGGGAUUUCUUAUGGCCAGUUUAAUAGAGAGCAUCUUUAUAGUGCGGAUGGUCCACCAGCACAAUGUUCAUGCAGAAGUUCCCAAAUGGCUUAAACGUUUGGUUCUGGAGAAAUUAAUUUCUGUUCUGGGUAUCCAAAACAAAAUGUUUGAAGAACUCCGGAAAAAUCCCCCUCAUAAACCUCAGGGCAUGGAGACAGAUGGUACUGGUGAAAUAGGAAAUUUCAACGUUGUCCAUCCAAGAGAAAGCCCAAUGCCCACUAAUGCAGUCUUGCCAGUCGCAGAAAAUGAUGGUCUCUUAUCCAAGAUUCUAAAAGAAAUUGUAACCAUCAGGGAGCAUGUAAGAAAUAAUGAUGAAACUAUCACAAAAGAAUGGCUGCAAGUUGCUUACAUACUAGAUAUGUUUAUCUUCCGUGCUUAUCUCUUUGCAAUAAUCACGUUUGCUGUUUCAUUGGUUGCUAUUUGGUCCAUUACGUAUAAGGUGUGA